GCAAGUUGUCCCUUUUGGGUUCUUUAGAAGUAAAGAUUGGAUCUCAGGAUUUUUUAUUUUUUUUUGGUACUAAUCGAGUCACAACUGAGCGGAUAGAUGUCAUCUUCUCUGGCAUCCAGAUUUCAUCACCUUUUCUCUUCCUCCAUGGUGAUGCGGAAAGGAAGAGGCGACAGCUCGAUUCGAUUGCCUUUGCAGGCUUGCGACGCACGGGGCUCUGUGAUCUUCUCCUCUCUCAUCACUCACUCCAAGCCAUUUCGUUCAGUACAAGAAGUUUCUCAGAUGGGCCCCGAGCAGGAGAGUUCGUCGCAGCAGCAAGUUGAAGUGCAGGCGCUAUCCGCGCCGAGGGUGCACGGUGAGGAUGUGCCGCUUGUACAUCCCUCGCACCAUUUGUGCGGAGAACAGCAUGCCCGCAGACGCCUGUUUAUGGGCCCCGGUUCCCUUCAUGAGCCAAUGAAUAAGCGUUUCACCAGAGAGGUAGAGCAUGCAGCAUCCGAGACAUUCCUCGUCACUCACCUAACCUUCAAGCUCCUUCGAUUUCUCGGUCUCGGCUACAAAUGGAUGAUCAAGUUUGCGGCGCUGAUGGCGUACACCACAUGCCUCCUUCCAGGGUUUUUGCAAGUCGCAUGGUUCUAUUUGAUGUCAACAUCGGUGCACCGAAGUAUUGUGUAUGGAGAGCAACCAAGAAACAGGUUGGACGUGUACUUGCCGCCAGAAAUGGUGUCAGUGCCAUUAGCUCAGGCAAAGGAGAGGGAGGGGGAGGAGGGGUCAGGAUUGUCGGCACAGACAAAUGGGGGAGAGGGAGAGGGAGAGGGAGAGGGGGAGGGAAAGCCGAGGGAGCGACGUCCGGUGGUGGUGUUUGUCACUGGCGGUGCUUGGAUCAUUGGGUACAAAGCAUGGGGGGCUUUGUUAGGGAGAACUUUGUCAGAAAGAGGGGUGGUGGUGGCAUGCCUGGAUUAUCGCAACUUUCCUCAAGGGCGCAUCAACGACAUGGUGGACGACGUCACAACGGGUAUUGGGUGGGUGCUGAACAACGCAAGGGUUAUGGGAGGAGACCCGAGUCUUGUGUUUCUUGUGGGACAGUCUGCUGGUGCGCAUCUUGGGAUGUUGUCGAUCCUACGGCAAGCAAUCUGUGAGGCUACGACAGGGGCAGAGAAUCUGCUGUGGCGGUCAUCUGACCUCCGGGGUUUUGUGGGACUCUCUGGGCCGUACGACAUCGUGAAUCUCGUCGAACAUUUUCACAAACGGGGACUUUACCGCCGCAUCUUUCUGCCCCUGAUGGAGGGCAAAGACCAAGUCCACUUGCACUCGCCAUCUGACAUCGUCAGGAAUUCCGUCUUCCGCAGGAAUGGAUACAGUGCCGCGUCUUUCUUUCCGCCUGUCACUUUACUGCAUGGGACUGAGGAUGCCUCGGUUCCCUGCACGGUUACCACCGAGUUUGCGGACACUUUGCAGUCAAUAGGUGUUCACGCCAGAACACGUCUUUAUCCAGGGAAGACGCACACAGAUCCGAUCAUAGAAGAUCCUAUGAGAGGAGGAGAGGACGAAUUGGUCGAGGACAUCCUCCAGAUAGUGUAUGAGGGGAAAGAGCAGAAUGUAGCACAACUAUCAAUCAGGAGGCGGUGCAUGGUGCCUGACAUUUUACUAAGGCUUGCUCGCUUCUUCUCUCCUUUCUGAGAAAUCAACGGUGGGGAGAAUGAACAUGGCCCUUCAAC